AAGAGAGUAAGAAGCAGGCGCUGGCAGCGAAGAGGAGAAACGCAAGGAGAAACGCAAGAAGAAGAAAGAGGAGCAGAAGAAGAAGCAGGAGGAAGAGGAGGAGGUCAAGGUGCAGGAGGAGUUCCCCGAGAUGCAGGACCAGGAGAAAGACUCCAGCGAAGAGGCUGAGGUGCCCAUCGACCCCCCCAGCGCCACCACCACCACCACCAUCGGCAUCCUGGCCACCUCGCCCACGUUCUCCAGCGCCUUCGGCAAGAAGCGCUCCAGCCUGGGCCGGCGGGCUCCGCCGCCCGCAAGAGCCGCAAGAGCACGGCUCAGCCCUGCGCCGGCCUGCCCCUGCCCCUGCCCCUGCCCCUGCCCCUGCACGACCACCAGGUGGCGCUGGCGCUGGCCCGGCAGCGGGCCGACAGGAACAAGGUCCCGGGCGAGCCGCGGGGAGGGGGGGGCCCGGGGGGGGCCAGCGACUCCGACAACCUGGACAGCGAGAGCAGCGGCUACCUGCCCGACCUGCCUUCAUCCUCCUCCUCAUCCUCGUCUUCAUCGUCCUCCUCCUCCUCCUCCGGCCCCGCCCACGCGCCCCCGCCCGCCCCCGAGAAGAGGCAGCUCCCUCCCCUGCAGGUCACCCUGUCCAUCUCCAAACCGCCCAGACUGCAGGACUGCGUGAGCGACCUGCACCCAGCUCCCUGCCCUCCCCCUUUAAGACCAUGUCCCUGCCCGGCGGCCCCCCCGUUGGCCCCCCCGGCGGCAAGAUCAGCCUGGCCAGCCCCAAGCGGGGACCCAAGAGAGAGGACGGCUGGAAGGAG